AUGGAAAUUUCCAACAGAAUAUUUAUUUUUCUGAUGGUACUGUCACAGGCAGCAGGAAAAAUCACGGUUGUCUUCCAUAUUGAUGAAAUAGGAAACUCUGGAAACCGAGUUAGAGGAGGAGCGUGUUGUCAGGGCCUUACAGCGGCCUGUUCCAAGCUGUGUAAACCAGUUAUAUCUGUGUGCAUCUACAGAGACGAUCCUAACAACUGUGAUGCCUCAGCCAUAACAACAGUCAACCUGAAAACCAACGACCAAAAAUUUGGCUCACACCUGGGAAAUAUGUCUAAUCCUCUUUAUUUUGAAAUAGAUAAUUGGGAAAAGUAUAAAUCGAAGUUCCAAAUAACAGUCCACGACAUGGGACCGAAAGACACGCCCCUUAUUUACCAGGCCCAGUUCUCUGAUUUUUCGGUGAUUGUUGGAACUGAUGAACUCAGUAAAGUUUGGAGAGCAAAGACGUUAAAGGCAAGUUGGAUCUCCUCCAACAAUGCAUUCAGGCUACACGUAUCAUAUAAGCUGUACUGUUCCUCUGGGUUUUAUGGACCAAACUGUGAUAUUUCAUGUCCAGGGAAUCCCAACAAAUGUAUACAUGAUGGCAAAACUUACUGUAAAACGGGAUGGAACGGAACAAACUGUGACCAGGAUAUAGUGGAAUGUAAUGAUCCAAGCUUUUGUCACUACGGACGUUGUGUAAACACAAUCGGUGGAUAUUACUGCGAAUGUCCUGAUGGACUGACGGGUACCCAGUGCAGGUUAGAUGACGAUGAAUGCUUCUUUGAACCUUGUAAUGGCGGAUCCUGCUUAAACACCCUAGGCUCCUUUUCCUGUUCAUGUCCAGGUGGAACAACAGGCAAGAGAUGUGACCGACUGAUGACCAGUCAGUGUUCAGAUUCAGCUUGUCAUGGUCACGGAACAUGUAAAAUGAUAUCCAAUGGUAAUGGUACACAAGCGCAGUGCGACUGCAAUUUUGGUUUCAUGGGAGCAGACUGUAGAUUUCGAGACUAUUGCAGUAUUCAAGGUUGUAUAAAUGGUGGUACUUGUGUUAAUACUGCUAACUCUUCUUUCUGUGUUUGUCAGAGUGGUUUCUCGGGUAAAGAUUGUGAACUACAUGACUACUGUUCGAGUUAUCCUUGUAGCCAUUCAGGAAAGUGUACCAACAUCUACAACGGAUUUCGCUGUGACUGCGCAGAGGGGUAUUCUGGUGUCACAUGUGAUGUUCGUGAUUUUUGUCAAAAUAAAAACUGCAGUAAUCACGGCGAAUGCUUUAAUGGUCAUUCAGGUUUUCAUUGUGUAUGUGAAGAUGGUUUCUCAGGGAAAGAAUGCGAGCAAACCGACUUUUGCUUUAACGCCACCUGUCCGACGGCUCAGAAAUGUGUUAAUGGCAAAAGUGGGUAUUCGUGUGUUUGUGCGGGUGGAUUAACAGGAGAUAAAUGUGACAAAUUAGACAGGUGUUACUUUGACCCCUGUCAUGGACAUGGAAUAUGUUCAAAUACAGAUUCUGGUUAUACCUGCAAUUGUGAUGGAGGGUGGAAUCUGGCAGACUGUAGCAAAAUCGACUAUUGCUAUGUAGAUCCAUGUAUUCAUGGUAACUGCACCGACCUAGCCAAGGACUUUCAAUGUACGUGUGAGGUAGGAUGGGUUGGAAAACACUGCAACAACACAGAUUUUUGCUUAAGUGAUCCUUGUUACCGCAAAGGUAUGUGUUCAAAUAAGAUACAUACCUUCGACUGUCUUUGUCCAACAGGAUGGACAGGAAAAAGAUGUGAAUUGAUUGAUGACUGUUUGAGUAUUCCCUGUCAUAAUAACGGAAGUUGUUCAGUUGAUAACAAAGGAUAUCACUGCGCAUGCUCUUCUGGCUGGACAGGUCCAACAUGCCUCGAAAUAGAUUACUGCACCGGAGAUCCGUGUCAAAAUGAUGGGACUUGUGUAAAUGGACUAACUGGAUAUUUCUGUCAAUGUCCUGAUCGCUUUACAGGGGGAAAUUGUGAGACAAAUGCUUGUGUCAAUGAGACCUGCAGUGGGCAAGGUUCGUGUAAGGCAUUUGGUGAGGGAUAUAUUUGCAAAUGUGAUGAUGGGUACGUGGGAUAUGACUGUGAAUAUACAGACCCAUGCAAGACAUUGAAGUGUGUAAAUGGCGGCAAUUGUACGGUAUUACAGCAUAAUUAUACAGUUUCCACUUCUUCAUAUUUCAACUACACAGCAGUGUGUAUCUGUCCUGUCACAUGGAAAGGGGAAAGAUGCGAGGAAGACGUUGAUGAGUGUUUCCUCAAGUCAACAUGUGGAAGGCAUGGUCAUUGUUCAAACAGUAAAGGGGAUUUUACUUGCUUCUGUGAUCCUGGCUAUGAAGGCAAACAUUGCGAGAAAGAUAUUGAUGAAUGUGCCUCCAAGCCCUGUAAAAAUAACGGUACAUGUGAGAACAAAGAUGGUAAUUUCCUUUGUCGAUGCGAUCAAUUUUGGACUGGAACAACUUGUGAUCAAGACAUUGAUGAAUGCAGGUACCAUCCGUGUGAAAACCAAGGAACAUGUCACAACUCUCCGGGAAAUUACUCAUGCACUUGUGGGAAAUUUUGGAUGGGUAGACAUUGUGAAAAACAUAUUGAUGCAUGUCAUGCCCAACCGUGCAAAAACGGUGCUACAUGUAUUGACUUAGACACAACCUUUUAUUGCAAAUGUGAUUCAAGGUUCACAGGUCGUCAUUGUGAUGUUGAUGUUAACGAAUGCUUAACACAAUAUCCAUGCCAGAAUGGAGGUACAUGUGUCAAUACCAUAGGGGGAUUCAACUGUAAUUGUACAUCCUACUGGGAGGGAGUACAUUGCGAACAGGAUUUAGAUGAAUGUUCCUCAAGUGUUUGUCCUAAUGGUACCGCAUGCGUGAACAAGCGCGAAGGAUAUGAAUGUCAGGACUGUUCCCAAUUUUCAUGUUAUCAUCAUGGUACAUGUAUAGAUUCACCGGUGUCUGGUCCGAAAUGUCAAUGUUCACGAGACUGGACUGGCGAUCAUUGUGAACAGCGAGAUUUUUGUCGUUUUGACCCAUGUGGUUCCCUUCAGGUGUGUAAAAAUACUGAACACGCUUACAUCUGUGACUAUCAUCCAUGUCUGAGUUCACCUUGUCAUAACAAUGGUACCUGUGUCGAAGUCCGAAGUGACAUUCGCUGCGAUUGCACGAAAGGUUGGAUGGGUGAUCUUUGUCAGGUGAAGGACUAUUGUGCCAGUAACCCUUGCGCCCACAAUGGUACUUGUCAAAAUCUUGCAGAUGGCUUCUUAUGCACUUGCCCACCUGACUGGCUGGGGGACACGUGUUCUGUGUACGACUAUUGUUAUUCUAAACCCUGCUUGAAUGACGGAGUCUGCGCAAACAGACCGAACACAUUCCAGUGCUUGUGUCAUCAACAAUGGAUGGGGAAAACUUGUAAUGUUCGAAAUUACUGCUAUGAAAUGCCCUGCGAGAACCAGGGUAUAUGCACAAAUACAAACUCUUCAUUCCAUUGUUUGUGCUCAAAAGAAUGGAUUAGUCAUAAUUGCAGCGUCUAUAAUUACUGUUUCAAUCAUCCAUGCAUGAAUGGUGCCACAUGUAAUAACAUGCCGUCAAAUUUUUCUUGUGCAUGCCAACUCGGGUAUACAGGUCGACAUUGUGAAAUUGCUAUCGACUAUUGUGCCUCAUCUCCGUGUCAAAAUAACGGCACUUGUGUGAAUUCUCCAUAUGGUUACUUUUGCACAUGCGCAGCAGGUUUUGUCGGACAUAAUUGCCAGACCGAUCUUGAUGAAUGCAAAAUCAACAUGUGUCCCGCUAAGUCGUCGUGCUUCAAUUAUCAUGGAGGAUACACUUGUAUAUGGGCUUCUCAAAUGGCUAGAAUAAAACGAGAUUCAUUAGGUAAAGAAAUGGCUUCCUUGAAGGUGACUGUGCCGAUAGAAUGGGAAAACAGAAGUUACGAAGCCUUGGUGACACGUAUACAGAGUACAUUUAAUUCUUGUGUCUGCUCAGAGAAAACAGAAAUAGAACCUGAAAAAUAUAAAAUAAACCACAUGUGA